GCUGACCUGGGAACCCGAAUCUUCCCACCCGAGCCAUGGAGUCCUUCGAGGCAUCCGGUGCUGCCAAGCGCCGCCGCCUGACGUGCCGCGCAACGCCUGCAGAUGGUGUGAAGGUCAAGAAGGAAAGAAGCGCGGAGCAUGAGGUCGGUCCCCAAAGACCAGAGAACAGGAUGUCGAAGAUAGAGAUGAAUGAUCUCUGGAUGCAGUUGAUGAGGCAGACUGAGGACAUGGAGAAUCACAUCCGCCGCCUGGCCGGCUGCGACAGGCAAGAGAGUGUGACGGCAGAAGAGCCAAGUUUUGAAAAGAAGGAAGUUGCUGAUAGCGUGAAGGUCAAGAAUGAAACAGGUGCUCCGCAGGAAAUGAUGCUCUCAUCCGCAGACGGCAGCCAUGACACGCAAGGUUUGGACGUCUUCGAAUCUGCAGGAGUGCCGAAUGAGGAGGCGACGCCAAGAGGCGAAGAGACCAAAGAAGCCGAAGUCGUAAUGCCAGCUGCUGAGCACCCCUUGCUGCUUGCGGUGGAGCAGCAGCCAGCUCAGUUGAGGAGAUACUGGCUGGCAAAGCAAAGUGGGGUGCCGAAUAUCAGGUGGAAUUGCACAAACUUCGCAUGGAAGGUCAACUUUCCGAAAGUUGAUUCCAAAGGCGAAUUUAUCAGCUGGACUUCACGAGGAUUUGCUGUGAAGAAGUUCAUGGUCCAAGGGCGCAGUGAGGCCGAGGCCGAUGCAGCAGCUCUUGAGGUCGCAAAAAUCUUCCGCGCAGAGCUGGUGGAGAAGGGCAUCCUUAGAGAGCCCAGGCUGAAGGACCCCGAGUUCACCAGCGAAGUGCUUGGUGUCUCAUGGGGAAAGAAGGAGAAAAGGUGGAAGGUGCUGUUGUACACGAACAAAAGGAAACGAAUUUCUGGCGGCUUCUUCACCGAGAAGGCAGCGGCUGAGGCCAAGGCUCGUGAGCUUCGGGAGAAGCAUGGCCUGCAGCUCCAGGUGAAGCCUGUGCCUACACUGGCAAACUUGCCGGUGUUCCGCGCCAAGGUGCCAUACCCGGGGGUGAAGUGGAGCGUGCGAGAGCAACAAUGGCAUGCCCAAUGCCAAGUUGGUGGAGCCCAUGGAAUGUUCAGGGUGAAGCCCAAGGACCACUCGGAGGCGGAGCUGGAGCGCUCUUUCAAGGUGGCAGUCGCGUGGAAGAAAAAACAGGAGAAGGAGAAGCAAGAGAUGGCGGUGAAGCCAAAGGCGAAGCCUCCGAAGACAAAGGGUAGAUGAGUGCAAAAGGCACAGAUCCUAGACUUGCAUGGCUUCUUUUCCAAGACCAUUGCAGUACAGACCAUUUGCACAUAGCGUGCUUCGCAGAGGAAAAUCUCCACUAGAGAUCACUAGAGCGUUGUUCAGCAUUUGGAGAUCGCUCAUGGCUUGCACUUGGGUAAAUGUGAACGCGGGGUGUC